AUGAAGCUCUUCUCUUUUCUCAUUUUUCUAUCUCUUCAUCUCUUUCAAGCUCCAUUAAUGGUGAUGGCAGAUAGAAAGUUGAUAGAAAGCACAUGUAAGGCCACACCUUCAUACAAUCUAUGCCUCACAACUCUCUUAUCAAACCCCAAGAGCUCAAGUGGUGAUGUUAGUGACUUAGGACUCAUCAUGGUUGGUGCAACAAGGGUUAAGGCGACUCAAGCCAUACAACACAUCAAGUCUCUUUAUAGGUCACACCCUGAGCUCCGGCGGUCGUUAAAUGAGUGCGCUCAAAUGUACAUAGCGGUGGUGAAAGCAGAUGUGCCGUCGGCCAUACAGGCGUUGGAUGGUGGUCAGCCCAAGUUUGCUGAAGAUGGGAUGGCGGAUACUGCGGUGGAGGCUCAAGCAUGUGAGAGGAGUUUUAGUGGUGGUGGUCAUAAGUCGCCGGUGACACUGACAGAGAUGAAUAAGGGAGUUGAGAAUACUGCUAACGUUGCUAGAGCUAUUAUUAGGAUGUUAUUAUAA